CAGUUUAAAAAAAUUGUAUGCGAAAUCCCGAUUUUCCACUGUUUAAAUAGUUAAAAAAAUUUAUGUCAACUUAUAAAUUAGAUCUACUUACUUGACUUACUCUGCAUCUGUUUCAAGGUCGAGGAUUAGAAUGUGUUGGCUUCAAUUUUAGCCCGUUAUUGUUAUUUCCAAAUUAUAUUCUCCGAUUCCAUUGCACUCCAGUCUCCAGUGCCUUCUAUACUUAAGUUACGGAGAUGCUCAACGUAAAAAAACUAAAGAAUUUCAAUAGUACUGCUACAACAUACGCUGUAACUUGUAGUAGGAAAAGUUAAGAAUCUCAUAUUUAAAUAUAAACAUGUCAGGAACAACAGAAGUAUUAUCCCCAAGAGUAUUCCAAUUGAAAUGCCCUGUACAGAAGUAUGCCUGGGGUAAACUUGGACUUAACAGUGAAGUUGCUCAGUUAAAGAAGAGUGCAGAUACAGCAUUCUCAGUGGAAGAAUGUGAAACAUAUGCAGAGCUUUGGAUGGGGACUCAUCCAUCAGGACCAGCAACUAUCAUCAAUAAUACAGCCCUAGAAGGCACUUUGCUGAAAGACUGGAUCAAGAAACACCCAGAAAGCAUUGGCAAAAAAGUUGUUAACAAGUUUGGACCAGAUCUUCCCUUUCUUUUCAAAGUUCUUUCAGUCAACAAGGCACUUUCAAUACAGGCUCAUCCAACAAAAGAACAUGCUGAACAACUUCAUCAGUUAAUGCCAGACAAAUAUCCUGAUCCUAAUCAUAAGCCAGAAAUGACAGUUGCCUUAACUCCAUUUGAGGCUCUUUGUGGAUUUCGGCCUUUAAGUGAAAUUAAAAUGUUCUUUGAAGUUGUUCCAGAGCUGAAGGCUGUUGUGGGAGAAGCAGCAGCAGAGUUAAUAUCAGCAGAAAGUCAACAAACCUUGAAGAAAUGUUUUACAUCUUUGAUGACAUGUCCUGAAGAAUCAUUUAAGAAACAUCUGCAAUCACUUAUUGAGCGGCUUCAAGAUUCCAAACAAGAAAAUGAACUUGACCAAAACUUGAAAUUAGUGCUUCUUCGUGUCCAUUCCCAGUUUCCAGGAGAUAUUGGCUGUUUUGGAGUUUUCUUUUUUAAUUAUAUUGUGCUUGAACCUGGAGAAGCAAUGUUUUUACAUUACUUCUUCAGGUAAACAACAAAACAUAAUACUUUGGAAUUUAAUUGUGUAGAAUGUAUGGCAUGCUCAGACAAUGUUGUAAGAGCUGGCUUAACACCGAAGUUUAAAGAUGUGAAUACAUUAUGUGAAAUGUUGACCUACCAGAGUCGGUCAGCCAAGGACACCUUGUUCCCUUCAGUUAGUGACCCAUGUGACAAAUUUGUUGUAACUUAUGAUCCUCCUGUUCCUGAGUUUGCUGUUAGUAAGAUACAGGUCCCAACUGGUACUAGUUCCUAUGAGUUACAGGCUGUAGACAGUGGCAGUAUUCUGUUAGUUUUAAGCGGUGGAGUUCAAGCAAGAAAUGCAACUCUGGGAUCAGAAAGUCUCGCGCUAAGUCGAGGAUCCAUCAUCUUCAUAGCAGCUGGUGAAACCUUACAAUUAAAAGAUAUUUCUGAGAAUAUUUUAAUGUUCAGAGCUAUGAGCAAACUAUAACAAGAUUGUGUGUGUGUAUAGAACAUAAUAAAGUCAUUAGUGCACUGAUGGAAAGUUUCUGUUGAGUGAUUCCUUCAGUCAAAAUGGAAUCCUAGAUAUAUAGUAACCUAAUAAAAAAUGAAAUAUUAAAAUAUAAUAAUAGAAAAACUUGUUUAUCAAGGUUUAUAAAAUGCUUGCUAUAAGGCAGGUAUACUGUUCUUAUAAUUUUGAAUGUAUGGAUUAACAGCUAUUAAAAAGUUAUUUUGGAACACACUUUUUUUAGUUGUUUUUUGUUUUCAUACAGCGUUUAGGUUCAGUUUGAUAUAAACUAGAAUAAGAGUAGAUAUGAUUUCUAUCCACACUAAGGCCUGAUUAAAGGGUCUAACCAGAAGAAAAUUUAUCAUUAGUUUGUAGCUGUUUGUAACUUUGUUGGUAUUUAUUAGCUAAUACUUGCUGAAAAGUUGUCGAUCUAUUUUAAUUAAAUAUCUAUGAGAAAUCAUAGUUGAUAUCCAUCAUAAUAUUGUUUGUAACUUUUUUGAAAGAAAUAAUUAAUUGUUUGGUUGUAGAAUCAGUUUCUACCAAAAUUAUAAAGUAGUGAAUAUGGCAUGAAUGUAUUUUAUCACCAAUAAACAAGAAUAGAUACACAUCUUGUCUUCUACAUUACAUGGUUUUUAGUUGUCUAUGAAUACAAAAUAUUUGUUAAAAUCUUAAAGUAGAGGAUGAAUGAGAGCAUUUUUUAUUAUAUAUACAUAGAUGAUGUUUUAAAAACUUAUUGCAUGUGACCUCACUUAUGAAUGGUAUUACAAAAUUUGUGUCUUAAGAUUCAAAUUAUAAAAUACGUAAAAAUAUCUGAUAAAAUGAUGUAAAGUAUCAUCUCAGAAAGGAAUUUCUGUCUACAAUACCUCUUUCAUUGUAACUUGAAAAGGCUUUAACAAUCUUAGAUGUGUAAGGAGAAUGUGUUAGAAUGUACUGUAAUUAUGAGAAAUCUUGCCAAAGAGAAAACAAGAUUUUAGCAAAGUAAACAUUUGUUGCAAAACAAAAACCUAAACCAUGAUAUGUAUGUAUAUAUUACCUAACAUACACCAUAAUAAAGUGUAACUACUUUACACUUUUCAUUUUAGGAUAACUUAGAACAUCUUAUAAAAAUAUCCUUUUUAAGUAAUAAUUAGAGAUCUACAAGUACAUAAUAUAAUGUGAAAGUUUUUAUUUUUUACAUGUUACAGUUGUAAAAGAAAAUAUUUUUAUUUUGUUGACCCAUAAAAAAUUAAAGUUGCAAACUAAUCUGGUGGUAUGAAGAGUUGAUUAUCCCUUAGUAAUUAUUAAAGAUAAUAUUAAAAGUUUUUAUUAUUAAUAAUAAAAAAAUACUAAAUCUACCAGAUCUAAAUAAACCAAUAAUAGUGAUGCAAAAAAAUUCAGUAUUUUGAUUUUGUAUUGUUUUAGUAGAUUCAUGGUAUUAUUCAUAGUUUAAUAUGCCUUGAUAUGUUCUGUAGUUUCUUCAUUUAUUAGCUUUUUGAUUAUUUUCAUACUGUAUGUUAGAAAACUUGCAUUGCAUUUAAUAAUUUACUGUUCACUGAACGAAUAAGGUAAUUUUGUAUUUAAAAUGAAUUUGUUGUUUGCGUUUCAAAAACUAAAUAAUUACUUUCUCUCUUCACCAUAGGUUCAUAUUUUUGACUAUUAGUAUUAUUAUACAUUUUUCAGAUUUUGUUGUUGUUGUUGUAGCAUUGAAGGUAAAUGGUUUUAUUUUUAUCUUUUUUUUUUUUGCUUCACCAAAGGGCUACUUUUUUGAAAAUCCAAUUUCAUUCCUUCUAAGAAUCCUCUAAAUAGUUUGGAAUAAUUCUCCAACAAGUAGUAUAUGUUUUCAGAUGUUGUGCAUUGUAUUGUAUAGGAACAUGUAAACCAGAAUUCAACUCCCAUUUUAAUAAAAAAUGGUAUGGAUUGUUAUUGAGCCA